AUGAUCGACUCACUGUUGGAUACGGAUUUGUAUAAACUCACAAUGCAAGCGGUUAUAUCCAAGCAUUUUGCGGAUGCAGUCGUUGAGUACACAUUGAGCAACCGUACAGAUGGCAUGAAGUUCAAUAAAAGUGCGUUCGAAUGGCUGAAGGAACAGGUGAUUGCCCUUGGUGAUUUGAGGUUUAGCAGUGAAGAUAUUGAGUAUCUUCGAACGGCAGUACCAUUUUUACCUGCAGAGUACCUUGAUUGUCUCAAAGAAGUCGAACUAAACCCCAAGAAGGAGGUAGACCUCACGCUGGACAACGGCGAUCUGAUCAUUACUGUCAACGGGUUGUGGAGCACGACCAUUCUGUACGAGAUUCCUAUUCUGGCAUUGGCGAGCGAGGCGUACUUUAAAUUUGUCGAUACGAAAUGGACAGUUGAUGGCCAAGAGUUACAAGCGUUCAACAAAUGCCGAAAGCUUCUUGAUAUCGGCUGCUCAUUUUCCGAGUUUGGGACUCGUCGCCGGCGGUCCAAAGAAACCCAAAAACUUGUAAUUCAGGGACUUGUUAAUGGAGCCCGAAAUCGUGAAGAUGAGAACAAACUAAUUGGCACCUCUAACAUUAUGUUUGCUCGUGAAUUUGGCUUGAAGCCUAUUGGAACCGUGGCCCAUGAGCUCAUGAUGGGUAUCGCCGCCUACGACCAGGACUACAAAAACGCAAACAAAAGGGCUAUGGAUGUUUGGCUAGACACUGUUGGGGGUAAGGCUGCCGGUUUCGCUCUGACCGAUACAUUUGGAACGCCAAACUUUUUGCAGACAUUUGUACCUCCUUACUCCGACUUGUAUCUUGGAGUCAGACAAGACUCUGGCGACCCCGUCGAGUAUACCCAGCUAAUUGCCCAGCACUACAAAAAACUUGGCUACGAAGCCAACACAAAGUUUAUUUUGUACAGUGAUUCAUUGAACAUUGAAACUUGUACCAAGUACAAGCACGCAGCGGAAGCCAACGGGCUGAUCCCAUUAUUUGGAAUUGGAACAUUCCUAUCCAAUGAUUUCCGCAAUAGCGACGACCCCACAGUGAAGUCAAAGCCGCUGAAUAUUGUCAUGAAGAUCUCAAAGGUUAACGGUUACCCUGCCAUCAAGCUGAGCGACAACGCUUCCAAAAAUACCGGCCCCCCGAAGAGGUCAAAAAGAUCAAGAAGGAACUAA